GCUUUCUACCUGUGAGACUCACUUAUUUCCAGAAACCUCAGAGAUCUCUGGAAACAAUUACGAUGUCAGCAACCCUCUCUCAGGGUCGCUGUGAGGAUGAGUGAUAAUGAAUGAUGCAUCUGAAGUCCUACAAGUUGUUUUGAAGGUGGCCCUUAUCUUCGAUUUAUAUUCACAAACUGUAGACAUGGACAGUGUUUUAUUUUUCUAACAGGAAUUCUAAGCUGUUGCAUGGCCUACAACGUCGGACUCCCAGAGGCGAGGAUCUUCUCGGGCCCUUCGGGGGCCCAGUUUGGCUACGCGGUGCAGCAGUUCAUCAACCCAAAGGGCAACUGGUUGCUGGUGGGCUCCCCCUGGAGUGGCUUUCCUGACAACCGCAUGGGAGACGUGUACAAGUGUCCCGUUGAUCUGCCCUCUGCCGCCUGCGAGAAACUCAACCUGCAAACUUCCGUAAGCAUUCCCAACGUGACUGAGAUGAAAACCAACAUGAGCCUUGGCUUGACGCUCACCAGGAACCUGGGCACCGGAGGAUUUCUCACGUGCGGCCCCCUGUGGGCACAGCAGUGUGGGAGCCAGUAUUACACCACCGGCGUUUGUUCCGACGUCAGCCCCGAUUUCCAGCUCUUGGCCAGCUUUUCGCCCGCCGUGCAGACCUGCACUUCAUUCAUAGACGUGGUGGUCGUGUGCGAUGAGUCAAACAGUAUCUAUCCCUGGGAGGCAGUGAAGAACUUUCUGGAAAAAUUUGUGCAAGGCCUGGAUAUAGGCCCCUCGAAGACACAGGUGGGGCUCAUUCAGUAUGCCAACAACCCAAGAGUUGUGUUUAACCUGAACACUUUUAAAACCAAAGCUGAGAUGAUUGCAGCAACCUCCAAGACAUUCCAGAACGGCGGGGACCUCACGAAUACGUUCAAAGCCAUUCAGUAUGCAAGGGAUUUCGCGUACAAAGCAUCUGCUGGCGGCCGGCCAGGCGCCACCAAGGUCAUGGUGGUGGUGACCGACGGCGAAUCCCACGACGGCUCCAUGUUGAAAGCGGUGAUCGCUCAGUGUAACGACGACAACAUCCUGAGGUUCGGCAUCGCGGUUCUUGGCUAUUUAAACAGAAAUGCCCUGGAUACUAAAAAUUUAAUAAAGGAAAUUAAGGCAAUCGCCAGUGUUCCCAGCGAAAGGUACUUUUUCAACGUGUCCGACGAAGCAGCUCUGCUAGAAAAGGCGGGGACGAUCGGAGAACACAUCUUCAGCAUUGAAGGCACCGUUCAAGGAGGAGAUAAGAUCCAGAUGCAAAUGUCACAAGUGGGAUUCAGCGCAGAUUACUCUCCUGAAAACGAUGUUCUCAUGCUGGGAGCAGUGGGAGCUUAUGACUGGAGUGGGACUGUUGUUCAUCAGACGUCUCACAGACACCUGAUCUUCUCUAAACAAGCCUUUGACCAAAUCCUACAAGAUAGGAAUCACAGUUCGUAUUUAGGUUACUCCGUGGCUGCCAUCUCCACUGGAAAAGGGGUCCACUUUGUCGCGGGCGCUCCUCGGGCGAACUACACUGGCCAGAUAGUGCUGUACAGCGUCAAUGAGAACGGCAAUGUCACAAUCAUCCAGGCUCACAGAGGCGACCAGAUCGGCUCCUAUUUCGGUAGCGUGCUCUGCGCCGUCGAUGUGGACAAAGACACCGUCACAGACGUGCUCCUGGUGGGGGCGCCGACGUACAUGAACGACCUAAAGAAGGAGGAAGGGAGGGUCUACCUGUUCACCAUCACAAAGGGCAUUCUGAAUUGGCACCAAUUUCUCGAAGGCCCCGAGGGUGUCGAAAACGCUCGGUUUGGCUCAGCGAUUGCCGCUCUCGCGGACAUCAACAUGGAUGGCUUCAAUGACGUGAUAGUUGGGUCCCCUUUGGAACAUCAGAACUCCGGAGCCGUGUACAUCUACAACGGUCACCAGGGCACCAUUCGCACAAAGUAUUCCCAGAAAAUCCUGGGAUCCGAUGGAGCCUUCCGGAGCCGCCUCCAGUACUUCGGGAGGUCCUUGGACGGCUAUGGAGACCUAAACGGGGACUCCAUCACCGACGUGUCCGUUGGCGCCUUCGGACAAGUGGUUCAGCUCUGGUCCCAGAGUAUCGCUGAUGUGUCUGUAGACGCUUCAUUCACACCAGAAAAAAUCACUUUGUCCGACAAGAACGCCGAGGUGCGCCUCCGACUCUGCUUCCGGGCCAAGUUCAGACCCGCCACGCCCAGGAGCCGCGUGGCCAUCACAUACAACAUCACCAUUGACGCGGACCUGUAUUCGUCCCGCGUGACCUCCAGGGGGUUGUUUCAGGAGAACGGUGAGAGGUGCCUGCAGAAGGAUGCGAUCGUCGGCCAAGGACAGACCUGCUCUGAGUUCUUCAUCCACAUACAGGAGCCCUCGGACGUGGUCAGCCCCUUGGACCUGUGCCUGAACAUCAGCCUGGCCAACCCCGGCACCAGCCCCGCCCUGGAAGCCUACUCGGAGCCAGCCCAGGUCUUCAGUAUCCCUUUCCACAAAGACUGUGGCGACGAUGGCGUCUGCAUCUCUGACCUGGUGCUGCAGGUCCAGCAGCUUCCAGCUGCGCAAGAACAUCCCUUCAUUGUCAGCAACCAAAACAAAAGGCUGACGUUUUUGGUGACACUGAAAAACAGAAGGGAAAGUGCCUACAACACCGGGCUGGUGGUGGAUUUCUCGGAGAACUUGUUUUUCGCGUCCUGGUCCAUGCCGGUGGACGGGACAGAGGUAACCUGCCAGGUCGCCUCAUCUCAGAAAGCCGUUGCCUGCGACGUGGGCUACCCUGCCUUAAAGACGGAACAACAGGUGACGUUUUCUAUCAACUUCGACUUCAACCUUCAGAACCUCCAGAACCAGGCAUCUGUCAGUUUCCGAGCCUUAAGCGAAAGCAAUGAAGCAAACCCGGCGGAUAAUUCGGCCAACUUCACGGUCCCGCUGCGAUACGACGCCGAAAUUCACAUCGCGAGGUCUACCAACAUCAAUUUCUACGAAGUCUCCGCAGAUGAAAAUGUCCCUUCUGUUGUGCACAACUUUGAAGACAUCGGUCCACAGUUCGUCUUCUCCAUCAAGGUGACCACGGGAAAUAUCCCAGUGAGCAUGGCAUCCAUCACCAUCCACAUUCCCCAGUACACCAAAGAGAAGAACCCGCUGAUGUACCUGACGGGGGUGCACAUGGAUCAGGCCGGCGACAUCAGCUGCAACGCCAGCGUAAAUCCACUGAAAAUAGGGCAGACCCCUGCCUCUGUGUCUUUCAAGAGUGAAAAUUUCCGGCAAGUCAAAGACCUGAACUGCAGGACGGCCUCCUGUGGGACGGUCACCUGCUGGCUGAGGGACCCGCAGGUGCGAGGCGAGUACCUCGUGAACGUGACCACCCGGAUCUGGAACGGCACCUUCGCAGCGUCGAACUUCCAGACGGUGCAGCUCACGGCGUCUGCGGAGAUCGACACCUACAACCCGCAGAUCUACGUGAUCGAGGAGAACGCAGUCACGAUUCCCAUCACGAUCACGAAGCCCCACGAGAAAGCCGAAGUCCCGACCGGAGUCAUCGUGGGAAGUGUCGUCGCCGGAAUCCUUUUGCUAUUGGCUCUGGUUGCAGUUUUAUGGAAGCUCGGCUUCUUCAAGAGAAAAUAUGAAAAAAUGACCAAAAGCCCGGAGGAGGUAGACGAGACCACGGAACUCAACAGCUGAGAGCCGCGGCCGCCUCCGAGGGCCAGGCCACCUCCCAGCCAGCGUUCGCUGCCGGCGUGGAUUUUUCUUAAAUCCCAGUGUUUUGCAAUGUACUAGGUGAACUAGUUUAAUAUUUUAUUUUACGAAAACUGCAGGUCAGUUUGGAAAAGUGAAAUUGGGGGUGGGGUGGGGGUGGAUAAAAGUUAUUUUAUAUGGAUAGUGCUUUAUGCUGGCCGGUCCAGAGUUUACAUUGCAACGUGUACCGUGUCAGAAAGGGAAAAUGUGAUGAACAUGACAUGUCGUAAAGAAAAAUGCAAACUUUCUUAUGUUUUUUGGGGGGGGAACCCCAAUUGUGUGAAAUGAUUGUUUUUAAACAGCAAUGCAAAGUGGCAUGUUUGCUGUAGAUACAGAACUAGUUUGGAUAUUGAUGCUGGGGAAACACAACACCCCAGGCCUUCAGCUCUCCUCGGAGGCUGGCACGGAGCUUUCUGGGGGUCGCGUUUACGGACCGAGUGAGGCCAGCAGCUGCCCCCCAGGCUGCCUCCUCUCGCUCAUGCCCCUGUGACGUGCGAGGAGCCAGAGCCGCCUCCUGCCGGGGAAUCUCCAUCGAAGAGGUGGAAGAUCAGAGGCCGGAGCGCGGACAGCGGGGUACAGUCCUGUCGGCAGGAGGGCCAGCCUGUGUCGGAGGAGGAAGCGGGAGGUCUCCUCUCCCCUUAGGGCUCAGGGCCCGCUGCCC